AAAGGUGAAUAAAUUAUCUAAUAAAUUUGUAUAAUUUUCGCAGAACAAUAAAAAAUUUAAUAAAUAGAGAAAUAUAAUUUUGCAUUAAAUAGUAGAAGGAAGGAAGGAAGUUAGUUAGUAUCACAAAUGUUAAACAAUUUCGAAGCUACUGAAAAUGUUAGUUUGUCUGUCUUUCAAAUGAAGUAGGCAAUUAAUAAUUAUUAUCCAAAUUUUGACUUUGAAAGGAUAUUAAGUCGUUAAGAUGUGUUAGAUGUCUUCAAUAGAAUGAUCGUAAAUGGAUAAUAUAAUUUAGAUGUUAUGGAUGAAUUAGACGAUCAAGUUAGAAAAAGAAGUUUACCAUACAAUAUGAACAGCAUCUUAACCAUGAUUUAUGAAGGAGUUAAUCUUCUUUUGACUUCAGAUGCCAAUACUUAAGCAUAUUAUAAGUAGCUACAAGCCAACAGAAAUUGUUUAGAUCUUCUGCAAUAUCGCGGAGAUUCAAAUUAUUUAAUAAUUAAUACCAUCAAGAUUCCAUCUUCUUUCUUCCCCUAACUUACUUAGUACUUCUCUGUCAUUAUUUCUGUUUGCUAAGAAGAUUAAAUUAAAAGAACUUAUGACACUAAGACUAUCAGAUUUAAUGAAAAUACUGAUACCUAUUUUAUGAAUGAAUAAAUUGAAAUCACUAACUUUUCCGAUGAUUGUAGAAUAGUAAUUUAUGGAGAAAGGUAGGAGUAGUUAGGCUAUAUUUAAUUUAAAUUCUGUAAUUUAAAUUUCUAAUAGACAAUUUACGAUUCGCAAUCAACAUAAUAUUUUAAUCUCUACAAAAUAAUAAAUGAAUAUUAACAAGACAGUGCAUAAACUAGUUUAUCUCUUUCACUUAGUGUUAAUAAUAUAGAAAGUGCUAAAAUUUAAUUGAUUUAAGAAUUACAAUUGUAUGAAAAUGAUAUGGUGUCUUUUUAGUAAAACUAUCAAAAGUUAGUUUAGCCAUUUUAAUAGCAGAGACCUGGCAAUUUUAUUAAUGAUAUUCCCUAAAAUUUGAUUCCUGAGGAAUAAGUUUAAAGAGCAAGAUAAAACUAAAAUCCUAUUUCCUAAAAUUAAUCAAUGAUUAAUGAUAUUUCAAUUGCUCCAGAUAGAGGAACAAUGAAUCCAUUUUAGCCAGAUCAUUUACCUUAAAUCUAGCCUUUUCACAAGCCAGCUGAAUUUGAAUUACACAUUGUAUUCAUCAUAUAUCUCGGUAUAGCUUGUUUAUUUGGAGGUAAAAAAAGUAAUAUGAUCGACAUCUGUAUUUGUUUGUACUUCUUGUCCUAACUCUUUAUUAAAGACUAAUUAACUAAAGACUAUGAAUUAUUGAAAAAGAGAACCUUUUAGGCUUUAAUAUGUGUUUUAGUAUAUGAUUUGUUCUGGAUGAUAAUUAUUGGCUCUCACUGGCUAGCUAGAGAGUAAAGUGAUGACUAAGGCAUUUAGAAUACUUAGAGAGUUUUAACCUUUAUUGCAACUCUUUUACUUCUUAUAUUCAGAGGAUUUUUAGCAUUUUUACUUCAUUAAACAAAUUUAGAAGAGUUUCCCUUGAUUAAAUCUAAAUUUUAAGAGUUCCUUUUGCUCAAAUCUGAAUAAAAUAAGGAAACUUAAAAUUAAGAAUAGCUUCACUUAUGA